CUUCGCAAAUCGCUCGAUCCAUUGCCUAGUCAGUCCUCAACAAUGGACACUUCCGAGGACCUGCCGAAUGGGCGGCCAGGCUCAAACUCAGAAGCGAGUGAUGGCUCAGAGAAAUUAGCAUCACCAGUUCCGGAUGUGAACGCAACGGCACCCAACGCCAAUGUCGAGCAAGAAGAAAAAGAAGAUGACGCAGUCAGCAUCAAAACCACAACAGACGAGCUUCUCGGCGAAGGCACCGAGGCAUCACCCAGAGAACAUAAACUUGGACUCGACAUAAACUUUCCGUGGGGUUGGUCUGGUUCCUCCUAUGAUGAUUAUGAUGUCAUUACUGUGCACGGCAUACGCGAUGAUUAUAAAACUGCCUGGAUUGACAGUAAGGGAAGCUGGUUUUUGAAAGACACUUUAUUCAAGCAAAUGUCUGUGAGAGAGAUCGAUUAUUCUUAUGAGAAUCAUGAGGAGUCGAUCCUCUAUAAGCCUGAUGGCAUUAGAAUUCUCGCAGGAAAGCUUAUCGACGAAUACGCGGCGGUUCGAACAAAGCUUGAAGAAACUGAAACGGAGCGCCCUAUCAUCUGGGUUUGCCAUGACUUUGGAGGUACCAUCGUCAAAGAGGCUCUUACAAUAGCAGCUCACAACCCUGGAAGAUGUGGAAAGAUAUUUAUGCUUACCACGGGAUUGGUUUUUAUGGGCUCGCCUCACCGAUUCCAAUCGCAGGACGAUCUCGAGGAUCAGUUGCACAAACUCAUUCAACUUCCCGGUCCGGAGAUCAAAAACAAGACAAUGCUGAAAAUCAAGCAUCUUGCAAGGCAAAUCGACAGCGCUAAUCUAAGAUUUCUCGAAACCAAGCUAUUUGACAGAGCCACUACUUUCAAUAUCUUUAUUCAAGACGCCAAAGCCAGUCUUGCAGCGAAGUCCGCUGAUGAUAAGUCUCUUGGUGCUGAUGGAAUCGACUACGAGAACGAAGACUUUAGCAAGGCGAUAACUCCGUUCUCAAGAAACUCACACUUUGUUGGGCAUUCAUUUGAAGCGGCUGGAAGAUGGCGAUGGGAUGACUUUGGGCACAUGGACUUUGUUCACGAAACCAUUAGUUCUUUCUUUAGUCAUAUUGCCUACGCUUUUGGAGCAACUGGCUUUCCUUUCAAAGUCGGCUAUUGUCUAAUCCCGUUUCAAAAACGCCUCCUCUCCCUUGCGCCCCCAACUCGGCAAUUGAGCAUCCCUUUUGAUCCAGUUCUACCGCAUCCUCCCGCGCUGAAGUGGAUACAUGAGCAAGAACCCUACAUCUCGUUCGAGAAGGCAAAAUCAGGAUUUAACUACUUGCUUCUUCAUGGCGACGGAAAUCCACUGGUCAAUAUUUCCGAGGUGUCCCGUUUCUUUCACGCUGCCCUGGACUUCCACGUUGUCUCACUAGAAACGAAAGCCGCAGAAAAGUCGAUCAUCUACUUCGAAUUUGAUCAGAACGACUCGCGAUACGCCAGUCUUUUAUCCAUGUUGACAUACCUGGUCAAUGUCAUUUUAAUUCGUUUCUGGCGAGAGUUCGAAGCCUUUCCCUAUGAGGAAUUUCUCUUUCUCAGCGAGACGUGUUCAUGGACAGUCGAAGAUCUAUACCACAUAUAUUCCCAUUGCUUUGAUCAAUGUCCGCCCGAGGAACGAAAAUGGUUUAUAGACCGUAUUCUGAACGAGCAGAGUAAAAGCAUCGUCACUUAUCACUUGAUCAUAACGACUUCUACCAGAGAAGGGCUUGAUCUCGACGAAACCCCUCGUGGAAAGCACAUCAACCUCAUGGAAUGUCCUUUGUUUAGCGAGCCGAACGGCAAAAUAAAGAAGGAGUUCGAGGCUGAGUUGGACAACUUGGUUGCCAUACGACCAAUUUACGAACAGUCUCGAUCCCAAAUCCAAGAUCUACUUCAGGGAUGCCAUAACACACCGCACCUUGGACACCUGGUCUUAGCCUGGCUUGGAUCUUCGCUUCGAGGUAGCUCAAAGCAAGGCAUUGCGGCUACCGUCAAAAGCUUGCUUCCUAUAUCAGCAAAAGCCAUUGUUGAUGUGUUUAUGUCAUCUAUCGAGCCAAUUAUCAAGAUAAAAGCGGAGACUGCUUUUGACUGGAUCAAGCACGCCGCAGAACCUUUGUCGCCGGAGGCUCUCAUUGACGCCCUUGCAGUUCAUAUGACCGAUGACAAGGAGAUUGUAUUGGAAGACCUCGAUAAGGAAGCCGAGAUGGCCGAAUUGAUCAAGGCCUUUGGUGGGAUCAUUACUGUCGAGAAUGGCGAUGUGAAGUUCAGCCACCCAACAUUCUAUCAAGUGAUCCGACUUGACCAAGAUGCAGAAGAAUCAACGGCUAGAAUUAACAGCUCAAUGGCUGCAGCAUGUUUACGGUACUUUCAAUUCGAGAAUGCCCAAAAGACGCUGACCGAACUUUGUUCAGCAAACUUCGAAGGAUCCUCGCUGGAAACGCCGCUGGAUAUAGUUGUCACUUCUCACCAACGAACCACCUUUGCUGAGUAUGCUGUUCGGUUCUGGUCUCAUCAUUACAAGGCCAGCGAGCAGUUCAGUCCCAAACAGCUUGUUCAUGAACUCUUCGACAGCAAGCUAUCCCGAGCUGCCUGGGAGGUUCCUUUCUGGCUCCUCUCUAACCCUUUCACAAGGAUUAAUCGACAUUACACAUCGACGCUCCCAGUGUUCGCCAUGUUGGGCCUAGAAGACUUGUUGGAUGAGAAGAUGAACUCUGAAAUGAGUCACCCCUGGUUCAAUGACAACUGUUGGCUUUCAAUCACGGAAGCUAUUCGAUCAGGGGAAAAAAGUAUUGCAAAGAAACUAUUGGAUCAGGUCGAUGUAAAUGAAGAUGAGCUUCAAACCUCCCUAUUCUGGGCAGCCGCUCAGGACGACAGAGAAAUUCUAGAUGCUUUGAUUUCCAAGAUCCCCGACCUCAAGACUUUCUCUUGGCCCGAAACCCUUAUGCAUCGACUCACUUCAACUGGUCAGGACACCUUACUGGCUACAGUAUUGGCAUCCGGCAGUGACAUCAACAACACAGGACCUUACUGGGGCUGUCCACCAACCCUUAUUGCAGCCUGGCGGAAUCGAGUUUCGACGCUCGACCUCAUCUUGAGAUCAGAGCCAAAACCUGAUUUGACUAUUGAGGACAAUACCGGUGAUAACCUUCUGAUCGCUGCUGUGAGGCUGGGAAACCCAGAGGUGGUCAAACUUAUUGUUGAUGCCGGCGCGGAUCUCAAAGAUGGUAGGAAGGCUCAUGAUCUGGUACGAGCUGCCGUGAGAAGCGGUUCACAUGAAGUCGUCGGUAUACUCCUUGAAGCCGGUGCCAAGGUUGAGAUGGACGCGGAGGAUGAACAAUCACCACUUUCGCUUGCUGCGGCUAAUGGCCUUCUAGAGUGUGUAAGGGUGCUGCUUGAUCACAAAGCAGACCCAAAUGCCAAUAGCUCUGCUGGCACUGCACUUUACGCGGCCGUGGAAAAGGAACAUCUGGAUAUCGUUCGAUUCUUACUCGAGCACGAUCCCAAGCCAAGUAUGGAUAUUGCUCCUCUGUACAAAGACUCACUUUUCAUCCGUGCUAUCUGCACUGAAAAUAUUGACUUGGUAUCGCUUUUGAUCAAACAUGGCGCAAAGAUUGAUUACGUCGACCCUCUUGACGCAUUCAACAAGUCCCCUCUGUCUAGAGCUGUUCGCGAAGGAAACUUGGACAUGGUGAAGCUCCUUGUUGAGAAUGGGGCUGAUGUCAAUUACUCGGAAGGCGGAACAGACCCCCCGAUGUUUGCGUCCCUGUACUACAAGCAGAAAGACAUAGCGAAGUAUCUGCUGCAGAUUGAUGGCGUUGACUUGACGUGGAAAGGGCCUGAAGGAAUGGGUACCCUUCAUGGGGCAUUUAACAGCCCAAAGCUCCUACCAGAUCUGCUAAAGAGAGACCCCCCUAUGAAUGGCAUGAGUGUAUGGGGUACAGAGCUACACAUGGCGGCGCGUGAUGAUGAGCUAGAGUCUGUGGAAAUACUUCUCAAGAAUGAACCGAAGCCCGACCUCGAGGCGACGAUGGGAGAUGAUGCCUCAAAUACGUUUGAGGUCGGUUAUACUCCUUUACAAGUGGCUUGCCAUCACCUUGCUUUCCGAUCCGUCAAGGCCCUCUUAGAAGCUGGUGCUAACCCUCACGUCCUUACCAACGACAAAGAAGAUCUUGUUGAUAUCGUGCUGGGACGUGAGGUAAAGUCGGACAACGUUGAGAAAAUUCUAAAGUUACUGAUUUCAGAACCAUACAAUCUACCCACCGAACGAGUCAAUGACCAGAACCGCACCCGGCUCCAUUACAUCAACGAAACUACAACCCUUGCUGUAUUUCGAAUUUUCACCGAGUCGAAGCCAAAUCUGGAUGCUCGGGACAACAAGGGUUACACCCCUCUGGCCGUGGCUAUCAGCAAGUCUAACAAGAGCAUCGCCAAAAACCUCAUCGAACAAGGUGCUACUGUCAAUAUCUUCAGUCCAAAUUACGGAAGCAUCCUACAUUUGGCUACCAGCGCUGGAUCCGUGGAUCUCGUUAAGCUUUUAUUGGGAUCGGGUGCAGACCCUGAUCUGGUUGAUCUUGAGUACGGCGAGUCCCUCCUGUACACAGCUCUUGGCAUUGAAGACGAAACCAAACUCAAAAAGAUGAUUCGGUAUCUUGUUGACGAAGCAAAGGUUCCAAUCGACAAAUUGGGGGGCAAAUUGGGAUAUCCUAUCAUUCGAGCAACGGAUAGAGCAUCAGACUAUGGUCUAUAUGACACAGGCCGUAAAUUGGUGAAAUUCCUGAUCAGACGCAACAUUCGCCUGGAUGUUUCCGACAACCAGGGUCGCCGAGCUGUGCACUUCGCUUGCAAAUCACCUUUCACUGAUAUUCUCAAGGCCCUUGUUAGUGCUGGAGCAGAUAUCCAUUCCGCCGACAAGUUUGGCCGUAAGCCAAUUCACUUCGCAGCCUCAGAUCCGUACGUACGCUGCCUUGUUUACCUGCUUGAGACGCUUGGAAAGACAGAUGUCGACGUCAAGGACCACGACCAAUGGACCAGUUUGAUGUGGGCUGCACGCUCUGGUGAUUUCAAUUCUGUGGAGACGCUCCUGGAACGAGGCGCCGACAUUUGGGCGCGAAGCCGAUCUUCUGAGCAGCGAACUGAGUGGUCACCGCUCAAGCUGGCCAACUUUGCUGGCCGUAGUCAGUGGAUUACCGAUCUGCUCGUGCCCAAAGAGUUAUCCAGGACCAAAGGAGACGGCAGUCAAGAAGAAUGGGACGAAUACUUUCACAAGAGCAAGGUAGGGGAUGACAAGCGUGUGAUAUGCGAUAGCUGUCUAGUUUUUAUCAGUGGUCUGCGUUGGGACUGUAUUGAGUGUAACGAUAGCUUUUCGCUGUGUUUCAAAUGUGUCCCUCACAAGUCCGACCUCCAUAAUCCGGAACAUAGUUUUAGGGACAUUGGGCCUCUUUAUGAAACGGAGUCAGUGGCAAGCAGUGUAAGAAGCGACAGCUCCCAGGAACUAGCGCCUGCAAAGGAAGAGGAUGAAAACUCGGAAAGUAGUGCUGGGAUUGACCUUCAGAACUUGGAGUUGGAUUUAGAAGACUAG